CCGCCUCAGCAUUCAGUGCCCAGUGAACGCUCAUUCCGAUUCGUUGAUUUUCGCGAACCAUUUUCUACCUUACCCAGUUUACAAGGAAGUGUUUGUUCGCGUGUUCAUCGAAGUACUUUACGUAAUUGGACGAUCAGUUUAAUACUUCUGAAUAAUCAAGAUAUUGCGAUGUGUGUGAAAUCGUAACAGCCUUCACGGAUUGAUAGCUUAUUGGAACGAAUUGGCAAUGUGUUAAUAAUAAUUAAGAAACCCGUACGAUGUAUAAAACAAACAUGUUCGUAGUGACAUUAUUUGUGUUGGUGUGUGUCGUAAGUGGGAAAGUGAACAACACCGGUGUGACUAGCUCUCGGAUGGCAUGGAUGAAAGGCCUCCUGGACCAUCACGACUGGCUGGAUAUUCUGAAUGGGAACCACACAGUGCCUCAGGAGUGCGAGACCGAUUUGAGGCAGUACAUUACUGCUUUGAACGACGGGUCGCUGUGGGCUUCUAAAAUAUACGAUGCAUCGGGUCAAUACACCCCCAACAUUCUGUUUGGCAACGAAUACUGGUUGGGGUCGUUAAACGCGUGUCGGGAUCUACAGCUCAAGCAGUACUACGCGCAAGUUCCCCCCUUCCCCACUACUUUCUACGUGGCCAAGAUCAACUUGACCGUCGAUGGAGACCAUAUACCACAGACUAGGCCGAUGUUGGUUGGUCAAUGCGUGCCAGCCUCCUGUAGCAAAGAUGCGGUUAAGAUACUCCUGGAUGCAGCGGAGGAAAUUGUGUCAAACCGGGCAGCUAUCGCCGGAAUCGACGCGGCGUUUACCACCCUCUACGUCCGCCCUGUCCCCGGCUCAUACAAUGUACUAAACGAUCCUAAACUACAUAUACUUGGAACUGCAAUGCUAAUAGUUUCGAUAUGGAUGCUGGCAGCCUCUACCUACGAAGGAUACUUGGAACGACGGUAUCAAUAUAAAGAGCAGAAGGACCUCGAAGUUGCCAACAACAACCACAAGCCAACUCCCAACACUCAACAAACUACUGAAAAUACAGAAGAAGACCUCAAAGACCGAGAAAUCCGACGGGAAUCCUGUGGAAUGUGGUCGGAAAUCUUAUUAUCGUUCUCAAUCCUAUCGAACGGACGAGCGAUUCUCGGCACAGAACGACCGAGCGACGGUGCACUUACCUGUCUACAUGGCAUGAGGUUCAUGUCUGUAUUAUGGGUCAUAAUGGUGCACACCUACUUGACGAUUUUCUACAUCGCCGACAACAAAACAAUGCGCGUCGUGACUGAGCGGAACUUUUUUUACCAAUCAGUUGGCAACGCGUCUUACUGUGUCGACACUUUUUUCUUUAUCAGUGGCUUGCUUGUAACGGUUCUAUUCUUGAGGAGCGAAGAAAAAAAGGCUAAAAGAAAAAAUGCCAAAAAGCCCGAACAUGUCGACAAAGAAAUAAAUAAAAAUGUAAACGGGUACACGAACUCUGCAUUAUCAGUAUCUGUUAUAAGCCAAGAGUCUUUCUACGAGGAUAUGCUCGACAAGCCGUCGGCUAAGGGUUACUCGAAGCAAGAAAUCGUUCGAAUGACAAGAUCCUUUUUCGUAAUGUUCUCUUAUCGUGUGGUUAGAUUGACCCCGGCUUACGCCUUUGUAAUCGGCUUAAACGAGUUGGUCCUACGCUAUACACACGAUCAUACGGUCUUUGAACCAGCCAUUUUCGACCACAUCACGUGUGCAAAGUACUGGUGGCGUAACGUGUUGUACAUAAACAAUCUGUUUCCGCAAAAGGACAUGUGUAUGGUAUGGUCGUGGUAUAUGGCGAACGACACGCAAUUCUACGUCGUCGGUAUAAUAUUGUUACUUAUAUCUGUAAAACACACGAGGUUCGCGAUGGCGACCCUGAUUCUGGUAAUGGUCAGUUCGUGGGCAACCACCAUCUACGUGUCGGUGUGGCACCAAUAUAAAGCUCGGAUACAAGAGCCCUUCGAAAUGUUCGACCCCCUUUACGACAAGCCUUGGUCGCGCAUCGGACCUUAUCUAGUCGGAAUGAUGGUAGGGUGGUACCUUCAUAAAACCAGAUGUCAGGUCCGGAUCCCUUACUGGGUGGUAGCAAUUGGAUGGCCCACUUCGCUGGUCAUAAUCACCAGUCUCAUCUUCGGCAUGGUAGAUGGUUAUUUCGAAGUGUGGCCCACUGCCUUUUACGUCAGUGUUGGGCAUACAGCAUGGGCUGUGGCUUUAGCGUGGAUAGCGAUAGCAUGCUGCUGUGGCUAUGGAGGCCUCGUCAACUCUGCGCUCUCGUACCGAGGCCUGCUGCCUUUGAGCCGGCUCACGUACUGUGCCUACCUCGUGCAUCCCACCAUCAUGAUGUACACCUCGUUCCUUCUCGACGGACCGUUGCAUCUGCAAAACUCGAUGGUUCUAGCAAUAUACGCCGGGUAUGCAGUUAUGGCGUUUCUGGCAUCGUUCGCUAUCUCACUGGCAUUCGAGGCGCCUGCCGUGAGGCUGAUCAAGAUCUUCAGCGGUGGAAAUAGGAGUCAUAAAUCUACUAAGUAGCAGCAUCCCAACAUAUGUAUUGGUUUCGGUAAAUAAUUUCGUGUAUCUAAUACAUUGCGAUAUUGACCUGCGGUAGGAUGCCGACUUUGUGGUAUUCGCUUUCAACUUCGUUCGGUCAAACUAAGACAAAUUCCGCACGGGAUGAAGGAAACGAUUCUUGCGAAACUUGCGCUGAUUGCGUCAACGAACUAUAGACAUUAUACAUGUAUAUCUCACUAUGUGGAAUAGGCACUAUCUACGUAUCUAAUAUUGACGUAUUCAACUUGGCACGGCUAGCCGGAUAUAUAAUUUCACGGUUCGCACUAACUCGUAACCUUCAUUACACAUGGAAUUUGUCUGUUUGACUCUAUACUUAUAUUGAAAAUAAAGUCGGAGUAAAUGAUUUUUUGUAACUUUAAGUUGAAUAGUAGUUUGCGAUUUUCAAUAUUAUUAGAAAUCUUGAAAAAAUUACAAUGAAACAAGUUUACAUUGAAUUAUAAAUUUAAUAUUACUUAAGGUGAAUACCAUAUCACAACCCGCUCACGAGCUUCGGGGCGCUACAAGCGCAGUGUCAAAUCGGGCGACGCUCUACCCUCAGUAUAAGAUUUUUGUUCUCACCAACGUUGAUAGUAUU